AUGUUAGGCUCUACCGGUGUCCGGGCGGAAGAUGGCGGCAGCGGCAGCGGCAGCGGUGGACUGGGAGAGGAACGGCUGGAUGGCAGCGGCCGCGAGAGAGGAGCUAGGCGGAAGAAGAUGAUGGGAUAUCUCAAGGCGGCCAAUGAGUUACGACAGGCAUACUCGGCCCAGUGGACGCGAGGAUACCAGGACCAAGACACCAGUAGCCCGGGAAUGCCUGGUGGUUACCCUGAAGGCGAAGCUACAAUCCACGGGGACGAGGAGAUGAUCCUCUUCCCCAGCUACGGGAGACGCCAUAUCCGCGGAGACAAGCAUCAUCACCAUGCCUCGUCCUCUACACAUGCUGCGGCUGAGUUUGAAGCAGCACUGCCGGCUGCACAGAACGAGUGUCAGAAACCCGAGAGUGACUCGGCCAUUGUCGACGUCGAUGCUCGGGGAUGGAUAUAUUCCCCCCAGCGAGGACCCAUGAACCGAAAGACUCGCAUCCUGCUUGCCCUGGCCAGGCGUCUGAGCGGUAUCCAGGUCUCGAGUGCCACAUCUUCUGAUGUUGAUGACUCGUCCGCUCCCGGUAGCCCAAAGUCACCCAGCCAGGAUGACGCCUCUAUAAACCAAAGGGUAGACUCGAUUAUGAAUAAAGCCCAGGAGGGUGUCGAGGAGGCCCAGCAGGCCUCGCAGCAGCUAUCUCCUGAACAAAUGGCAGCCGCGAAUGCACAGCUGAUGGAGCGUUUGACGCCCUUUCUCACCAUUCCGGCCGUCAACAUCCCCGUUACCGUCUUCUUCUUCAACAAGACCCAGAGUCAGUCCAGGACCAUAUCGACUAAUGCGAGCGGACAGUUCAUCCUUCGGGCGUCACUCGAUUUCGUGCCUACUCAUGUCCGUGUGCUCGCUGCCGAGCAUCUGUCAGCCACAGAGGAAGUCAGUUUGUCUGACCCUGGUGGUGUCAGCCUCAUCAGCGACAUAGAUGACACCAUCAAACAUUCCGCCAUUGCAGACGGGGCCAAGGAGAUGUUCCGUAACACAUUCGUCCGCAAUUUGAACGAUCUAACCAUUGCUGGCGUCGGUGACUGGUACACAAAGCUCGCCGAAUUGGGUGUCGGUGUCCAUUACGUCUCUAACUCACCGUGGCAGCUAUACCCGCUCCUGAAGAAAUACUUUUCCCUGGCUGGGCUCCCCCCUGGUUCGUUCCAUCUGAAGCAGUAUUCCGGUAUGCUCCAGGGUAUCUUCGAACCCACCGCUGAAAGAAAACGCCCCAGCCUGGAGAGGAUCAUACAGGACUUUCCGAAUCGCAUGUUCAUCCUAGUUGGUGACAGCGGAGAGGUCGACCUUGAGAUAUAUACCGAACUCGCAAUGACUAACAAGGGCAGGAUUCUUGGAAUCUUCAUCCGUGAUGUAACCACGCCUUCCGUGCAGGGGUUCUUUGACCGGUCAAACCCUCGCCUAGAGAGACGAAGGAGGAACAACUCCAGCAUCGAUUUUAGCAGCCUGUUAAAGACGCCAGAGAAUAAGCCUACUCUACCUCCCAGGAGAAAAGCCGAGCGAGAAGAGACUGUCGUCCCCAUGGGGAACCUCAUUGACCUUGAUGACUGCGAUGACGAUGUGCCAAAACUAGAUAUAUCAAGCCAGAAGCCGGUGGCUACCUCUGGUGCGCCUCCAAAGCCUGCCAAACCAGCAGGUCUUCGCUCUGCAACGGUAGAGUCCAAAGGUAGUAGUAACAGUAAAAAUACUACUAACAGGUCUGGCCAAGCAUCAUCAUCCACUGUCAAUAGAAAACCAGCUCCGGGCAGCCCUAGCAGGUCGACCACCCUAUCCAGGAAUCCCUCAACCGACAGCUACGUUAGCAGCUUCAGAAGCCAAGCUGCUAACCUCUAUAACCAGCUACCUUCCGCUCGAGAGUAUGCCGAAAGGAUAUCCAGUGCCAUCCCCUUGUCAUCUAACAGGACCACUCCUACUUCAUCUCCCAAGGCAAAGCCUGCGCCUCCUCCGGUGCCUCCUCCACGUCGGAGUGCUACUGUAACCAACCCUUCUGCUUCGGCGAGCAGUAGUAAAUCUGCGCCAGCCGCGCCAGGAUCAUCCUCACCCAUCCUUGACAGUGUCCAAGAAGGAACCGUCUCUCUCGACCUCCCCGCUAGUGACUUAAACAGGAUAAACUCCAUGCCUCCGGCGCCCUUCAGACGGACAAACUCGUACCAGUCAUCCGAGGGACUUUCAAGCGGCUUGAACAAGCGUGAAGAGAUGUGGCUGAGACGCUGGGAGCGCGCCAAGGAAAUGCUUGACCGAGAAGGAGUCCCGUUAUACAGCUGGCGUGAUGGUGGAGACGUAGAAGAGCUAUGUCUGGAGAUGCUUCCAAAUAUUUCAACUAUCAGCCCUCAGCCGGCUGCUGUUCGAUGUAUAUACCGUACCAAAGGCUAG